CGCCUGCCGCUACGUCACUUCCUCUCCGGUUCGCCUGCGCCGCCGAGUGCUUCCGCCUGCGCGUUUCCAGGGCAACGCGGCGCCCGGCUCUCUUGGCUCCGUGGGAGAUGUCAACCCCUCCCCUCGCCGGGGCAGGCAUACCGCCAGGUGCCUUCUCAGGGACACAGGCUCAGGCAGCUCGGGAGGUAAAUACAGCUUCCCUCUGUCGAAUUGGCCAAGAGACUGUGCAGGACAUUGUAUUCCGGACCAUGGAAAUCUUUCAGUUACUGAGGAACAUGCAGUUACCGAAUGGUGUUACAUAUCAUACUGGAACAUAUCAAGACAGACUGGGAAAGCUGCAGGAACAUCUCCGUCAGCUGUCGAUACUCUUCAGAAAACUGAGAUUAGUCUAUGACAAAUGCAAUGAAAACUGUGCUGGGCUUGAUCCUGUUCCCGUAGAACAACUUAUUCCGUAUGUUGAAGAAGAUGGCUCCAAGCAUGAUGAUCGUGGUGCUGCAAGUCAGCUUCGUUUUGCUAGUGAAGAGAGAAGGGAAAUCAUGGAAGUAAAUAAGAAACUGAAACAGAAGAAUCAGCAGCUGAAACAGAUCAUGGAUCAGUUACGGAAUCUUAUUUGGGACAUAAAUGCCAUGUUGGCAAUGCGGAACUGAACAUGGAGAAUCAAACUUUGCGAUUGGAAAAGAUACCAAUUUGGAUAUACUUAAUUUCUUCUUCUGAAGUAACAUGUUUUUUCCACAACCAUUUUGCAGUAAUGUUUGAAAAGUCUUCAAGAUUAAAAUGUUGGGGUUUUGUAAUAACUUA